AGAAAACAAAAAGACAUGAAAAAUAGAAAAAAAAAGAGAAAAAGAAAGGCACCCAACGGUGAAACUUCAACUUGUAUAUACUCCCGAACAAAAAGUCUUCCUCUACCCCGAUCCCACCCUACGCCCUCCGCCCACCGCCGCCGCCGGCCACCGCCGAUCCUCCUCUUACUCUUCCCCGAGCUCACCUUAGGCUACCGUCGGUCACCACUAAAUCUCAGUCCUGACGUUAACUCGGAAUGUCAGGCUUCUUUUCCGGUGAAGGUUUCGGACUGGGAGAUCGUUCUUCUCUCUCGGAUCCGCCGCGGUGUGACAGGUGGAAUGGAGAUUUCGUUGUUAAAAGUUCUUCUCAACAACAUCUCUUUGUACUUCCGCUUAUCAUCUCAUGAGGACAUAAAUCAGGAGCCUGUUAGAAAAUACUACCAAAAGAUUGAAGAGAUAUUGAAGUUGCUCAAGCCUGUGCUUGAUGCUGUUUUGCAAGCUGACAUGACGUUUGAAGAACUGCCCCAAAAGGCAUUUGUAGAACUGGGUCUUUCUGUCAGCGACCUGAGGAAACUAUUCGAAAAUUGGCAGCCGUUGGGGAGUAAAAUUAAUUUUGUUCUGCAAGUUGAAUCAUCAAUGUCGAAGCUCCGGGCUUCUGGUGUGGAAAUUUUUGAGCUGCUGAAAUCUUUCGAUGAGCGUCUCCCUGUUGAAUUGAAUGCAUCAUCUCUUGAGAUUUUUGCACAGAAAAUUAAACAAGUGGGUUUGGAACAAACAUCAGCUCUUAUCAAUAGAACAAUGGGGGAGCAAGUCGAUGGCUCUGGACCCAGCUCAGAGAGUCUUGAAAUGUUUUUUGAUCGUCUGUGCUUAAAGUCAAAUCAGGAGCUUCUGAUUGAGGCUGUGGCCCUUGAGAAGUUGAAGGAGAAUUCUGAACAAGCUGAAAACAACGAGGAGGCAGAAUACUUUGAACAAAUGAUUGCUGUCGUCACCCACAUGCACGAGCAGCUUGUUACAAUGAAACAACUUCAGAGCAGUAACCCUGUUCCGAUACCUGCUGAUUUCUGCUGCCCCCUUUCACUUGAACUGAUGACAGAUCCAGUAAUUGUGGCCUCGGGCCAAACCUACGAACGGGCUUUUAUUAGGAAAUGGAUCGAUCUUGGGCUUACUGUUUGCCCCAAGACGCGGCAAACUCUGGCCCACACCAAUCUUAUUCCCAAUUACACUGUAAAGGCACUUAUUGCAAAUUGGUGUGAUACAAACAACGUGAAACUGCCGGACCCCACGAAGUCUAUGUGCCUGAACCAGCCUUCAUCAGUUGCUCACAUGGAGAAUAAUUCAAGAUGCAACCAACCUGUGUCCCCCGAGUCAACUCGGACUACCGGCUCACCUCGAGUAAACCUAAUUGCUUCUUGUGGGACCCGCCUACAGCGAAUUUCACCAUCACAUCCCCGUUCGUCUUCAGAAGGUGCUCUUCCUUCUGUUUCUGGAAAUGGGCAUGGUUUGGAUAUCCCGAGAAUCUCACGUUCCGGAGAAAUGACUAAUGCAAUAAAGCAAAGUUUGGUGUCAGCUAGCCAACCCCCCACUUUACCACAGACAACAGAUCAUGCUAGGGCUAGCUGGGAUAAUGGACAAUCAUCUGAGGGUCAUAAUCGAUCUGCCUCAGCUUCUAGCGUACUUUCUAACUUAAAUAUGUCACAAGAAAUGUUGGCCGAUGGCAACGAAGUUAGUAGCAACGCUUCUGGAGAGCUGACAUCGGAGUCACAAUCUGCUACGACCUUGACUACUACACCACAGGCAGACACCGAGUUGCCUCCACGAUUGGAAACAAGAACUCGAAGCCAACCCUUGUGGCGCCGCCCUUCUGAUAGGCUUGUUUCCCGGAUAGUUUCUUCUCCCACUGAAAUAAGGCCCGAUCUUUCUGGAGUUGAAGCCGAAGUCAGGAACCUUGUUGAGGACUUAAGGAGCACUUCGCUUGAUGCACAGAGGAAUGCCGCCGUUCAUAUUAGGCUACUUGCAAAGCAUAACAUGGAUAACAGAAUCGUAAUUGCUAGCUGUGGGGCCAUCGCCUUGUUGGUCGAUCUACUCCGUUCGACCGAUGCAAUGGUUCAGGAAAAUGCUGUCACAGCGCUUCUCAAUUUGUCGAUAAACGACAACAACAAAAGUGCUAUUGCCCAUGCAGGUGCAAUUGAGCCGCUGAUUCAUGUUCUGGAGACGGGUAGCCCAGAGGCUAAGGAGAAUUCUGCUGCCACCCUUUUUAGCCUCUCAGUCAUUGAGGACAACAAGGUUAGGAUCGGAAGGUCAGGAGCAAUUGGACCUUUGGUUGAUUUAUUGGGAAACGGAACUCCAAGGGGGAAGAAAGACGCGGCAACAGCUUUGUUUAAUUUGUCAAUAUUUCAUGAAAACAAGGGCCGGAUUGUGCAGGCGGGAGCUGUGAGACACCUUGUGGAGUUGAUGGAUCCGGCUGCCGGGAUGGUGGACAAGGCAGUGGCUGUUUUGGCUAAUCUGGCUACUAUUCAGGAGGGGAGGACUGCUAUUGGUCAGGAGGGAGGGAUUCCGGUUCUGGUUGAGGUUGUUGAGUUGGGUUCUGCCAGAGGGAAAGAGAAUGCAGCUGCUGCUCUUCUACAUCUUUGCACAAACAGCAAUAGGUUCUGUAGUAUGGUGCUUCAGGAAGGAGCUGUUCCCCCUUUAGUGGCUUUGUCGCAGUCAGGCACCCCGCGAGCCAAAGAAAAGGCUCAAGCUCUUCUUAGCUACUUUAGGAACCAACGGCAUGGUAAUGCUGGGAGGGGCUGACCAAAAAUCCCUGUAUGUUGUAUCUAAGAGAUAGUGUGUAAAUCUGAUGUUUUAGAUAGUGCUUAACGCCCUAUUUCUUUGAAUUUUCUUGAUUUGUGAAGUGAGAAGAAUUUAAAAAAACAGAAACUAUUUAUGGAGGCUGUUUAGAUCUUUCGUCAUGGUCUUCGUUGUGAACCUGGGAAAAAAUAUGUAUACACAUAAAAUAUACCUGUAAGUCUAGUCUUUGAGAGCCUUGUGUAUUGUUGUUUUUGGCAUUGACAACUGAAAAAUGUAUCAAUUUUUUCUAUUGAUGUUA